CUACCAAGGAACAUCUUAGCCUCUGUGCUGUUGAUCAUUUUAAAAAACAAAACCAUGACCAAACCAACCAAUGACUUUCUCCAACCUCAGCCGCAAAGUGGCCAGGGCCUACACACCCAGGAGAGCGGUGAUGAUGGCCUCUCCUCCAACAUGAAGCACACGUUCAUUGAUCAUAACAAUGGAAGUGCGCCUCUGCCUGUAGCAGAUAAGGGCAGCUGUGUGAAACCAAUUCCUAAGGAGGAAAGAAGCACAGUUGUCCCGUGGUCACACACCUCAGUGUCUGAGUAUGCUACUGGUCCAAAAACACACACUGUGUUUGCUGAAGAGGAGUUCAAAAAACCGCCCACCCUUAUCGUGGCUAAAAAAAUCAACUUUCCACCACAAGCUGUGACAGACAACAUCCCAGAAGAGGAAGCUGUCAAGAUCGUAUCCGGCAAGACAGCCAUUACAGAGGAGCAUGCAGAGGUAGAAGGAGAUGAAAGCUGCACUAAGAUGGACUCUGGGGAAAUCCCUGAAACACCCAAAGGUCCAACACUGGUCGGCAGAGAAGGGAGAAGUAAGGGAAGAACUGCUUCAAAGCACUGGAAAGUUUUUUUUCCAGUGUUCCAGUGUUCCAGUGUUUUUCCCUUGUUACUACUUGUGAUUCCAUUCAUGGCUGUUGGUGUCUCGGAGGGCUCUUCUGCAGAUCGAGAUUGUAAAUGUAGAGACAUUCAACCCACCGCAGGCAAAUGCUAUACCUGCAAGGACAAGGACGGAUGCAGUAAAUUGAAGAAAAUAUAUGAUUCCCGGGUUUACCUUAACCCCAAAGAGAUUUACCAAGGAGACAAUACAAAGUUUCCAAGAUGCUCUGAAAUCUCUCCACCUGGUGAUAACUGUACUGUGUGCCUGGACCUGUCUUCUUCCAUCAACAUCUUCUGCUCAGAGCACAUUGAAGAAAUAUUCCUGGUAGAAGGCAAUGGAAUCAACAUUGGCACCGUCUCCUUAAAAUGUGUAAAGCUGCAGCCCCCUGGCCCAACCUCACAUAGUGUCUCACUGUCUAAUGUCUCACCAAAUCCAAAUGUGCAUUACAGCACACGUCGUGGAUUGAUUUCUAGCUUUGUUGAAAAGCAGCAGCCCCCUGGCCAAACCACACAUCACAAUGUCUCAGAGCCAAAUGUCUCACAAAAUCCAAUUGUGAAAGGCCGCACACAUCUUGGAUUGAUUUGUAGCUUUGUGCUUUUUUUGAUCGUGUUGGCAGCGCUGGGGAUCUCCUAUCAUUGCUACAAAAAAAGAGGAUUUCAAUCGGUCAACAGUGAAGAAGUCUGAGGAAGGAGGAAGUGUGUGGACUCGAGGCCUUUCUGCUGCAACUCAUGAUUAUUUUAUUAUUCAUUUAGCUGUUGAUUGUUUUCUUAAUAAUGUUAAUUGUUAGGUCUUUAAACAUUCAAACCAUGUCAUCAAGUAGCUUGUUUUCUUCUUAAAAAUAACAAAUAGAUUAUCAAUAUAAAUGCUGAUAACUUCUCUGUCUUCUUGUAUAAAAACUGGCAGAGGUGGGAGAAGUACUCAGAUAUUGCACUUAAGUAAAAGUAGAAAUGCCAGAGUGUAGGAAUACUCAGUUACAAGUAAAAGUCCUAUAUUCAAAAUGUUACUCAAGUAAACGUAGAAAAGUAUAAGCAUCAAAAUAUACUUAAAAUACCAAAAGUAAAAGUACUCAAUAUAAAGAUUGACCCAUUUCAGAAUAAUAUAUAUGUUUUGAAGUAGGAUACAAUGGAAGUACUCAAGUAAAGUACAAGUAUCUUAACGUGCAAUACUUGAUUAAAUGUACGUGACUUCCACCUCUGAAAACUGGUUUCAGUUGUACUUGCUGAUAACAAUGUUGAAAUAAGAGAGCUUUUUGAAAAAAUGGCAUAAUGCACAUGUGUAUCCGCUGUCUUAAUAAAAAUAGCUUUGAAC